AUGAUGAUUCUUACUCUGACCCUUCUACUUCUGAAUUUUUUGAAUGAGACAAAUGCUGGGACGGUAGCAAUCACCGAAUGUCAUAAUGGAGGUUCGACGAUGGACAUGGUGCCCCAGGGUCAAAUACCGAGGCGCCCUGUUCCCAGUGCAACGGCAUGCCGUGAUAGCGAUCAAAAUUUAUGUAACGCUUUAUUCCCUCUUAAUAAUGACCAUGCCAAUAAUGCAGAUCCGACCAAACCUUAUAAAGUGCACGAGGACUGUUAUAAAGCCACACAUUCGUCCAUUGCUACCAGAUUUUGCGCAUCAACUUGUGCUUUAUGUUGCAAAACACCUCAGUUCAGCGGCUGUCCCGAUAGAACGACUACUGUCGCCUCGUCAAACUGCAGGGAUGAAAGGGUCGAUUGCGCUCGUCAUCUACAAUUCUGCCGUAUACAUCCAUUAUCAUCGUAUUAUAGUGUUUAUUGCCGCAAAACAUGCAGUUACUGCUAA